AUGGAUUCAGCUACUGAUGCUCCUUCUGCCUUUCUUCAAAAGAUCAUUGGCCACUUUGUUCUCGUCCGUCUUAGCUCUGGCAUUGAUUAUCGAGGUAUUCUAUCUUGUCUUGAUGGAUGUAUGAAUGUUGCACUUGAAGAAUGUAGAGAAUAUGUUAAAGGCGUACUAAAAAACGAAUAUGGAGAUGCUUUUAUUCGAGGCAAUAAUGUCUUAUAUAUUGAAUGUGAUGUUUGAUCUUAAAUCUUUUUAAUUUUUUCCCUUUAAUAAAAUGGGAUAUUGUUAUAUUACUAAGUUCAGUUUUUGUUCGAGA